CAGUGAAGAUGUCCGCUGGUUCAAAGGACAGGCUUCUCCGGACAUGUUGGACGGUCCUCUGCAUACUGGUUCCGCUUCAUUUUUUCUCCGGAAGUUCUGGAGCUCCAGGCGGACAUCCGGGGGGAGCGUCAGGUGAUGACUUUGACCUGUUCACGAAGCUGUUCCGUACCUACAAGAAGGCUCUCCGGCCGGUCAGCAGUCCCAAUGACUCCAUGAUUGUGGAAGUAGGAGUGGCGCUGACGCACAUCAUCAACAUGGACGAGAAACAUCAAACUCUCACCGCGAAUCUAUGGCUAACGAUGGGCUGGAAUGACACGAAUCUAACCUGGAACGCGACAGACUACAACAACCUUUGGUACUUCACAGUUCCCGCCGACAUGGUUUGGAAACCAGAUAUCGUCCUCUACCAGAAUGUUGACCCGUACUUUGACGGCUGGUCCCGAGGUGAGAUGUACGUCAAGGUUCACCAGGACGGCUACAUACUGUGGGAGAUCCCGUCUGUCACGUCCUCGUCUUGUGACAUCGACGUGUCGUCAUUUCCGUUUGACAUUCAGAAGUGUGAGCUGGCGUUCGGACCGUGGAUACACAGCGGGUACGAGGUGGACAUGAAGAGCAUGGCGGGGAACGGGAGUUUGGAGGGGUUCAUUGACCACGCGGAGUGGGACAUUCUGUCGUUCGUGGCGGAAAGGCACAUGGGCACAUACGGGGAGGACUUCAACAUCGGUACACCGUACGCUGACGUGACCUUCACGCUCGAGCUGAGAAGAAAGUCGACAUUUUAUGUCUUCAACCUGCUGUUACCGUGUCUGCUGCUGACGUCCAUCAUGUCUGCCACGUUCUUCCUGCCCAUCGACAGCGGGGAGAAGCUGUCGUUUGGAGUGUCCCUGCUGCUGUCUAUGGUUGUCUUUCAACUCGUUCUGAACGAGGUUCUACCAGAGUCGGACAAAUUACCCUGGAUUGGAGAGUUUGUGAUCGUGACCAUGGUUCUGAUGUCCUUCUCCCUGGCCAUGUCCGUGUUCAUCAUGAACGUGUGUGACUGUUCCCUGCACGCCAGGCCCGUCCCGCUAUGGAUGCAGAAACUCGUCAUGAAGUACGUGGCCAUGUUCCUGCUCAUGGGCGACCUGUCCAAGUCACACGACACGGAGGAGGUCUGGGAGAGCCAGGAACUGUCCGAGCUGGACGACACCAACCACGUCAGCCACGUCAGCCAUGUAACACUGGACUGCGACACUGUCCGCGGCUGCUGGAAAGACAUCAGCGCGUACAACCUGGUCAUGAAAGAAGUGCUCGGCACGGUGAAAAACAUCAAGAGUUCCAUGGACAUCAUCUCCAACCACGUGAAAGAAGCAUCGACUCAGUCCCGCAUUGAGAGACAAUGGAGAACACUAGCUAAGGUUUUGGAUCGGAUAUUCUUUACCAUGUAUGUCCUAGCUGCUUUUACCUGCUUGUUUGCUUUCUCAUUCAAUGCCAAGGUAGGUGCGGAUGUGGUAGAUAAAAACGAGACAUCCCACUAAAGGAUGUCUUGCCGAGGACUGUGAUAUAAUCCCAGAUUAAGAUGAAUAUAGCGCAGUUUAGCGUGCCGGGGUCCAGUGAUCUGCCCCACUUAGUGGUGUAUGAGGUUAUCAUCGGAACCGACAGUGUGGAAAGGUACGGCAUUGGCUAAGGGAUGGAUCAUUAACUUUACUGCCCUAUGGAUGAGGUUCGGUGACGUUGACAUAGAAACACGCGACCAAAAUUAUUCAA